CUAGCAUAAAUAGCGUCCAUUAAACACUCCCCCGUCCAUUUUAGGUGCCUAUCUCAAGUCGUGAAUUGUGUAGUCAGCUAAGAGGACAGUCAAGAUGCUUGGUUUAAACUUCAUUACCUCGGCGAUUGCUCUGGCUAGCAUGCCGAUGUGGGUUUCUGCUCAAACACAGAACCCUCAAAGCUGCGUUACGACCUAUAAUGGGAACACAGAUUACUUUCCCGUCAAAGCCAACCAUACCGAUACUAGCGUGUUUACCAUAACAUACAACAACAACUACAAAACUUUGACGGAUGUUAAAAACAAUCUUACCUACGUUCUCUACAUGUGCGGUACACCGGCGCCUGUCAACCCCAAUGCUGCCGCCAUCAUUUCGAUUCCGGUUACUCAUGUUGGUACGGAAGAUACCGCCUCUUUGACUUUCCUUGAGAUGCUUGGAGUGCGCCAGACCAUCAAGUACACUACAGAUCCUGGUUUUAUCACAUCGCCUUGUAUUCGCAAGCUCAAUAUUCCCCAGUUUUCGAGCACUCCUACGGACGCCGAAAUGAGCAACGUCAAUGUUACCUUCUCAUGGCGUACACCGAACGUCAACAGCACGAAGAUUGUUCGCUUUCCUGCCACCUCAAGUACCACAAGCCUUCAACGAUACCAAUGGAUUCAUUUCCUAGGAGCAUUCUUCAACAAGGAAGACCGCGCUAACACUGUGGCCGCUACGAUUGCGGACGAUUACAACUGCAUCAAGCAAAAGGCGGCCACAGCUGCUGCUACGAGCCUCAGCCAACCGGCCACUGUGUUCGCGAACUACUAUUCCGGAACCUGGACUCUGGGAAGCGCAUACACCCGUGCUUACGUUUCCGAUGCGGGUGGUAACGCUGCACCAGCAAACACAACAGCCGCUCAAACCUUUGACUAUUCCACUCAAUCGGCAUUCAUCACACUGCUACAGAACACAAGCAAUAUUGUUUAUACCGGCGAUAUUACUUUGGACGCGUUCUACACCAAUUUGAACAUUUCCAGUCUUACUGCAACUUCUACAAACAACACAUACCCGUGGAAAGUGAACGGUGCCCUUUGGAAUAUGAACCGCGUGACCAACAACCUUGCCUCGGCGAAUUCUUGGUUUGAGCAGGCGGUUGCAUGGGAGAACGUUGUUCUGGCAGAUUUGGUGAAAGUAAUCCAACCAACUGCCCUAGUUGGGUACAGUCGCGUGUUCCUGCGUGAUUUGGACGCUAAUGAGGAACAGCUUAAGUUGAACCCGAGCACAGAUUGCUCGACUGACGAUCUUUCGAAGGUUCUCGUGGCACCUGCCGUGUGCGCUGGUCAGAAGGUUGCCUGGAAUGGGGACGGAACGGGCACGGGCCCGGGCAAUGCAGCACCUGGAAUGCCAAGUGGCAGGGCACUAGCGAUUACGCUUUCUGCGGUCGCUGCCGCGAUUUUGUUGUUGGCGUGAGGGACAAAAUUGUUUAAGGCUUAACUUUUUUUAAUGACCGAUGAAGAUGAAUAAAGCGCUUAAAUAUGGAUUUUCAUUUUGCUGCAUCAGCUGGUAAUUAACAAUAAGAUAUAUAAAAAUUGGCCGGGAUA